GCCGCUGCCGCUGCGCCCUGGCCCCGCCGCACAGCUGCAGCCCCGCUCCCGCCCGCGGCGCGCCGAGACCUCAGCCCGCGCCCGCGGCAGGCUUCAUCAGCAGUUUCUUGAUGUUUGGAAAGUUCUGAGACCCACCCUGUCGGGCUACUUGUAACCAGUACCUAAGACUACAAAAACGUACGUGUGACAGAACCUGUCCUUGAAGGAAGUGUCCAUCACAAUACUGUGGAAACUCUGUGCAGGCCUUGCAAGGCAGGAGAGCAGUUUGUGCUUCCGUUGACGCUCGUGCGUGAUCUCUGCUUCUUAUGCACUCCAGCACCCCUAUCAGUUCCUUGUUCUCCUUCACCAGCCCCGCAGUGAAAAGGCUGCUGGGCUGGAAACAAGGAGAUGAAGAAGAAAAGUGGGCAGAAAAAGCUGUUGAUUCCUUGGUGAAGAAGUUAAAGAAGAAAAAAGGAGCCAUGGAAGAACUGGAGAGGGCUCUGAGCUGCCCGGGUCAGCCCAGUAAAUGUGUCACGAUCCCACGUUCCUUGGACGGGCGGCUGCAGGUGUCUCACCGCAAGGGGCUUCCCCACGUCAUAUAUUGCAGAGUGUGGCGCUGGCCUGAUUUACAAUCUCACCAUGAGUUGAAACCACUGGAAUGUUGUGAGUUCCCUUUUGGCUCGAAACAGAAAGAAGUGUGCAUCAACCCCUACCAUUACCGGCGGGUGGAAACCCCAGUCCUACCUCCUGUACUCGUUCCAAGACACAGUGAGUUUAACCCUCACCUCAGCCUCCUUGCCAAGUUUCGAAACACUUCUCUGCACAGCGAGCCACUGAUGCCGCACAAUGCCACUUAUCCGGAUUCCUUCCAGCAUCCUCCAUGCACCCCUUUUCCAUCAUCCCCCAGCCACAUGUUCUCCCAGUCGCCUAACAGCAUCAGCUACCCCAACUCACCAGAAAGCUCUUCAGGACCAGGAAGUCCCUAUCAGCUCACAGUGGAAACUCCACCUCCGCCCUACCAUGCAAGAGAACCUCCAGGAAUCCACAGUGGACGGUCGAUGGAUGCAAUAGCUGAAAGUCAGCUCGUGCUGUCUUUGCCCAAUGGAGGUAAAUCUGCCGAUGGAGAAGCUGAAAACUUUCGGCCUGUUUGUUAUGAGGAACCCCAACACUGGUGCUCAGUUGCCUACUAUGAACUCAACAACCGGGUAGGGGAGACAUUCCAGGCCUCCUCUCGAAGUAUCCUUAUAGAUGGAUUUACAGAUCCUUCAAAUAACAAAAACAGGUUCUGCCUGGGUCUGCUCUCAAAUGUAAACCGCAAUUCUACUAUAGAAAACACCAGGAGACACAUAGGAAAAGGUGUUCAUCUUUACUAUGUUGGUGGGGAGGUUUAUGCCGAAUGCGUCAGCGACAGCAGUAUUUUUGUGCAAAGCCGCAACUGUAACUACCAGCAUGGUUUCCACCCAGCCACGGUCUGCAAGAUCCCCAGUGGCUGCAGCCUCAAGAUCUUCAACAACCAGCUCUUUGCCCAGCUGCUUGCCCAGUCAGUCAAUCACGGUUUCGAAGUGGUGUAUGAGCUGACCAAGAUGUGUACUAUUCGAAUGAGCUUUGUUAAAGGCUGGGGAGCAGAGUAUCAUCGCCAAGAUGUUACAAGCACGCCCUGCUGGAUUGAGAUCCACCUGCAUGGACCAUUGCAAUGGCUGGAUAAGGUGCUGACACAGAUGGGCUCACCUCACAACCCCAUCUCCUCAGUCUCUUAAAAAUCAUCUCUAGAAUUCCCUUGCUAUUGCAGGCAGUGGCUUAUAGAACUCCCAUGAACAGAAGCUUCUAUAUGUAGAUGUAUGUAGAUGUAAAUAUAUCUAUACAUAGUCUACUCUCUCUCUUUUUUUUUUUUUUUUUGUCUUAUUUUGUGGUUUCUAGUUACUCUGAUGCCAGUACAGUAAGUUUAGGAAUUCAGGUAUAGCAUAUCUGUUCUCUACUACAAAAUAAGCCAAAUUCCUGCAAAAGUGUCAAACAUUUCCUGUGAGCAUCUUCAUUCCCCAGCCAAGCCAGUCAAUGGUGCAAAUUCCCAGCACUUUCACAUGGGUUCAGAAACCUGGCUGUAGCUGUUCCUUGUAGGUGAAAUUCACCCCUCUGCAGGCAACCAAAGUCAGAUCUCUGUGCCAUUUAUAUUCAUCUUACAUCCUGAUUUUGAGUCCAGAAGACGACCUAAGGUGGUGCAUAGGACUUAUGCAUAGAGAUGACUUUCAUCUAGUGAACUGAAGGACUAAACUGCAAUUCCAGUCUGUCUCCCUUCUGCAAAGCACGAUGGGAUAACAAAUCCUCUGAAGAGCUGAGGCACACCAGUCUCUCCUGUGAUUUGGUAGGAGGGAGCCCUUGGGCCAUGUUCAGCACAGGAACUUCAUCUCAGAGCAAUCUGGACAAUCCAAGUAGUCUCAUGUAACACAGUAGGGUACGGGCCUGCUGCACUGAAAAGCAACAGGCUCCUAAAAAAAAAAUAAUAAUUUAAAUAUAUGCCCGUGAGUUAAAAAAAAUUAAUUAACUUCCAGUGCUUUUUUGCAAAGUACAUACAUACUUGCAUAUGUGUCCAGCAUGUAAACUGAAUCCUAUCCAUUCUAUGGUAUUGAUGUAGUUUGUUUUAAAGUUAGGACUGACUGUAUUUAGACUGCUGUGCUGAUAUCAAGGGUAUACGUAAAAGGGACUUGAACUGUGAUUCAGAAAAGGGAAAUCAAGUGUGCAUUGAAGAAGGAAAUAAUUACUUUAUCAUUCAGCUUGGGAACAGAAAGCCCCACACUCAAAGGAUGCAAUGAGAAGGAGAUGAGAGUCAGCCAUGCCAAUCCCCUGUACUGGGCCAGCCCUCAGGAUCUGACUGCAUUGUGUGGGUCUGACUGAGGGCUUCCCUGGCAGUCACUCCAUACAUCCCCAUGGAUGGUUUCUCAUCUUCUUCAUUUGCUGAGCUUUCGCCUUGCCUGCAGAGGAUGGUGAGGCAGUGUAAGCCACAAACAAAUGAAGAGUGAAUCUAUGUGCAAAA